AUGUCGUUCCAAUUAAGUGUAGCUGGUAAGGCAGCAACUAUUCCUUAUCCUGCUUUAAUAGCAGUGUUUUUCAUCAAUUCAAGCGAUGUUGAUGUAUCAAUUCCUGUUGAAUUUAUUGAUGAUAAAUCUGUUGAUUCCAAAACUGCCAACUUGGCAAUGAAGCUCGUAACACCUGGUGGGGAGACUUUUAUUGACCAAUUAGAUGCUUUAGACUAUUUGGCACAAACUUUCCCAACUAUCUUGUUGGAAAAAGCCAAGUCUCAGCCAUGGGUUAAGCUUGCGUUAACAAAAUUGUACAGUAAGAAUUUUAAAGACUUGACAUUAGACAUGGAGAAGCUCGAUGCUCACUUGAACUUUAGGUCGUAUUUAGUGGGAUUUGAAGUAACAUUGGCCGAUGUUGCUGUAUGGGGUGUCUUGAGGGCUAACCCUCUCAUGGCGUCGAUUUUGAAGAAUGAAGUAUACCCAAACGUUUCGAGAUGGUAUAACUUUUUGGCAGAAAGUGACAAUAGAUUCGACAAGUCGGUUGCAUUAAUGACCAAUUCCUUAAACGAAUUAAGAAAAGCCGCUAAAGCUGCUAAAACAAAUUCAAGCGGUGGUAAAAAGGAAACUCACAAGGCUAGUUUUGAGAUUGAUUUACCGGGCGCCGAGAUUGGUAAAGUUGUUACCAGAUUCCCACCAGAACCUUCUGGGUAUUUGCAUAUUGGACACGCCAAGGCAGCUGUUUUAAAUGAAUAUUUUGCUCAUGCUUUCAAGGGCAAAUUGAUUAUCAGAUUCGAUGAUACCAAUCCAUCAAAAGAAAAAGUUGAGUUUCAGGACUCCAUUAUUGAUGAUUUGGCAUUACUAGGAAUCAAAGGCGAUCAAGUAACUUAUUCAUCCGACUACUUUCAAAAGAUGUACAAGUUGGCUAUUGAAUUGAUCAAAGCUGGCAAGGCGUACUGUGAUGACACUCCAACAGAGAAAAUGAGAGAAGAAAGAAUGGUUGGCGACCCAUCAAGUAGAAGAGAUAGGUCCAUUGAGGAGAACUUGAGAAUAUUUACUGAGGAGAUGAAAAAUGGUACAGAGGAAGGGUUAAAAAACUGUUUGAGGGCCAAAAUUGAUUACAAGGCUUUGAACAAAGCAUUGAGAGAUCCUGUCAUAUACAGAUGUAACUUGACCCCCCACCACAGAACUGGAACUGAAUGGAAAAUGUACCCCAUUUAUGACUUUUGUAUGCCGGUUGUUGAUUCAAUUGAAGGGGUUACCCACGCAUUGAGAACUAAUGAGUACAGAGACCGUAACCCUCAAUAUGAAUGGAUCCAAAAGGCACUAAACUUGAGGCCAGUUGCAAUUUGGGAUUUUGGAAGAGUCAACUUUGUUAGGACUUUAUUAUCCAAGAGAAAGUUGCAAUGGUUUGUUGACAAGAAUUACGUUUCCAACUGGGACGAUCCCAGAUUUCCAACUAUUAGAGGUGUGAGAAGAAGAGGAAUGACUGUUGAAGGAUUGAGAAACUUUAUCAUUUCACAAGGACCAUCAAGGAAUAUCAUCAAUUUGGACUGGUCAGUUAUCUGGGCAUUGAACAAAAAAGUAAUUGACCCUAUUGCUCCAAGAUUCACUGCUAUUGAUGCUGAAAAUGUUGUUCCAGUUAAAUUGUUGAAUGGUCCAGAAAAACCAUACUCGGAGCUUAAACCAAAACACAAGAAAAAUCCUGAAGUUGGGGAGAAAUCCGUCAUCUUUGCCAGCCAAGUUCUUAUUGACCAGGCUGAUGCCGCCAGUUUGACUGAAGGCGAAGAAGUUACGUUUAUGGACUGGGGUAAUGUCAUUAUUAAAAAGGUUGUGAAAGAAAAUGAUAUUGUUAAAUCAAUCGAAGCAAAUUUGCAUUUGGAAGGUGAUUUCCGUAAGACUUCUAAAAAGCUUACUUGGUUGGCCGAUACAAAGGAUAAAAUCGAGAUUGAUUUGGUUGAUUUCGAUCACUUGAUUACUAAGGAUAAAUUAGAUGAAGACGAAAAUUUUGAAGAUUUCCUUACACCACAAACUGAAUUCCAUACAAAGGCAAUUGCCGACUUGAAUGUGGCAAAACUCCAAGCUGGUGAUAUUAUCCAAUUUGAGAGAAAAGGUUACUACAGAGUGGAUGUUCCAUAUAAAGAGGGCCAACCUGCUGUGUUAUUUACAAUCCCUGAUGGAAAAACUGUUUCUAGAUACGGUGCUAAAAAGUAG